AUGAAAAAGGCGGGAGAUAGAAGUUGCGUAGGAAUUUAUUGUACAAAGAUGAUCACAUCAUCUGUUCUUGGCGGUCUUCGUGCUGCACGUACUUCCGUUAUUGUUACCAGAAAUCUAGCUGCUGCCUCAAAGGCUGCCGACCCAAUUCAACAGCUUUUUCUGGAUAAAAUCAGGGAAUACAAACAGAAGAGCGCCGGAGGCAAACUUGUUGGUGCCAGCCCUGCAGUAGAAAAGGAACUUAAAACUGAAUUGGAAAAACUUGAACGUCAGUACGGUGGAGGAUCUGGUGUAGACAUGACAGCAUUCCCAAGCUUUAAGUUCGAGGAUCCAAAACUGGACCCCAUUGAUGAACAGGCCGCAGCCAAGAAGUGA